AUGCUUAAUAUUCCAUCACCACCAAUCCCCCUCGACGAGUUCCGCGUCUCCUACGAAACCGGCUUCCUACCCAUCAACACCACCAACAAUAGAAAACUCCCUCUCCACAGACUCUCAAACCCAUACUUCUCGCCCUGGGAAGAUGUAAUUUCUGMCCUGCCACAACUCAUUCAGACCGGCGAGAUAAGACAAAAGGUUCUUGACCUACCGGUCCUCUCUAUCGAAUAUCUCGAUGCACAUGACGAAGCUGAGUGGCAGCGGGCGUACCUCGUGCUCGCUUUCCUGACUCAUGCAUACAUAUGGGGUGGUGAGAAAGCUGAAGAUAAACUUCCACCAAGCAUAUCCCGCCCCUUCCUUGCAGUAUCAGAUCAUCUCGAACUCCCUCCAUGCGCAACAUAUGCAGCUCUCAAUCUCUGGAACUUUACAACCAUCAACAUCGACAACAGCGAAGAGAAUAUAGACCUCACAAACCCAGAUAACAUAUACACCAUCAACUCCUUCACCGCAACCGACGACGAGCGCUGGUUCCUCGUCGUAUCAGUCGCCAUGGAAGCCUGCGGCGCAAAAAUGAUUCGUUUGGUGCUAGACAGUAUCACCACUAUCAACACCACCGCCGCCGCCGAUGACAAAGAUGGCAUGACUACUGAGAGUACAUCAAACCGCAACACUAUUCUCACAAAUCUGCUCAAUGGGAUGGGAGAGUGUAUUGAUGAGCUCGGCUGUAUUCUAGAACGAAUGUACGAACGCAACGAUCCGAUGGUGUUUUAUCAUCAAAUCAGACCGCUGUUGGCCGGAUCGAAGAAUAUGGGUGCCGCGGGACUGCCGAAUGGCGUGUUCUAUGAUACUGGCGACGAUACGGCGCGAUGGCAUCAAUAUAGCGGCGGAAGUAACGCGCAGAGUUCGCUGGUGCAGUUGAUUGAUAUCGCGUUGGGGAUUCAGCAUAUUGCCAGUGGGGAGGUGGAGGGUGAGAAGACGAGUAAGGAUAAACAUACUGCUUUCAUGAAGGAAAUGAGGAACUACAUGCCCGGCCCCCAUCGCCGGUUUCUAGAGUACAUCGCCUCCAUCGCCAACAUUCGCCCUUAUGCACUCAGUCUCCCCGCCUCGUCAGAGGUGCGACAAGCCUACAACGCCGUGGUCAUGAAACUAGGCGGUUUCCGCGACAAACAUAUCCAGAUUGUGUCCCGAUAUGUGAUUUUGCCGGCGUCGCGACCUGUGCCGGAAUCGUCAAAGUAUAAGGAUGUGGCGAAGAAGAAUAGGGUUAAUCUUGCGAGUGCGACGUCGGAUACUGCAGCAUAUUCGUGGAAUAAGCCGAGAGAAGAGAAAGUAUUUUAUGGGACUGGGGGGACGGAUUUGAUUCCGUUUUUAAAGGCGACGAGGGAUGAGACGAAGGCUGCUGCGAGGUUUGCUGAUUAG